AACUCACGUCACUGCUCGCGCGCCCCGUGCACACGUGACCGCGAGGCGAGGCGACUCGAGCGACGCGCGCGGCGCGAUGCGAAAUUCUAUGGGCAAAGAAUGCGGCAUAAACCAUAGCUCCGAAUUUCCGCGAAUUUGGAAAAUUCGCCCCACAGCGUUCCGUGCUUACAAGCUGGGCUUAUAUAAGAGCGUCUCGUAUAUUCCUUUUGUGCGCUUUCAGACAACACGAGAGAGGACCUUGAGAAGCCUCGACUCUUGAAAUCGUCGUAAGCUUUUUCCGUUCAGUAUGAGCAAAAACAAGAAGGCCCACCGGGGAAAAGCUGGAGGUCGCCUCCGACGUCUCCGACGCCUCCGCGCUUUACAAAGAGAUCUGUUAAAGAUCAAAGAAUUUCUUAACUCUUCUGUCGAGGAAACGCAGAAGCAACUUUCGCCUCCACCUGAGGCCCCAGCAGAAGCUGAGCCAAAGACUCAAAGGCUAUCGCCCUCGCCUCUACCGUGCGACCCACAGGAAAGCCCAAUGCCCCAAAAAUCUGCCAUGGAGCUGGUUCCUCCGCGAAGACCCACCCGGCCAUGCCCGAUUGCCACACACGCCAGGAAGCCGGGCACCCUUGCGCCCCGGUGCCCCAGCGUUUAAUGCCGCGCAUAUCAGCUAACGUAACCGUUUAUUAUAAUAUAGAGAAACUACUAAUUGCAAAGUUUGUAAUUAUCAAUUAAAUUGUCUCAUUUACAAACAUUUGUAUAUAUUUAUAUAUACGUAUAUCUAUUGUCGUUUGUCAUAAUAUAUCGA